GGAGACGAGAGCAAGAUGGCGAUUCCGGGCAGGCAGAAUGUUGUGCUGAGAUGCCACAGAAAAGGGUAUGGGCUUAUUUUGCCAAAGAAAGCACAGCAGUUGCACCCUGUUUUGCAAAAACCAUCAGUGUUUGGGGAUGAUUCUGAUGAUGAUGAAGAGACCUCUGUGAGUGAAAGCCUUCAGAAGGAAGCUGCUAAGAGGCAAGCGAUGAAACAGACGAAACUGGAAAUCCAGAAGGCCCUUGCAGAAGACUCUACUGUAUAUGAAUAUGACAGUAUUUAUGAUGAAAUGCAGAAAAAAAAGGAGGAAAGUAAUCCCAAGUUGCUUUUGGGAAAAGACCGAAAGCCCAAGUAUAUUCACAAUUUACUAAAAGCAGUUGAGAUCAGGAAAAAGGAACAGGAAAAAAGAAUGGAAAAGAAAAUACAGAGAGAACGAGAAAUGGAAAAGGGAGAAUUUGAUGAUAAAGAGGCAUUUGUGACAUCUGCUUAUAAGAAAAAACUGCAAGAGAGAGCUGAAGAGGAAGAAAGAGAGAAGAGGGCUGCUGCACUCGAAGCACGUUUGGAUGUAACCAAACAGAAAGAUCUCAGUGGAUUUUAUAGGCACCUAUUAAAUCAAGCGGUUGGUGAAGAGGAGGUACCUACAUGCAGCUUUCGUGAAGCCAGGUCUGGGAUAAAGAAAGAGAAAUCAAGGGGUUAUUCUGAUGAAGUAAGUUCAGAGAACAGAAUAUCACAUGAGAAAUGCAUUCUACAAACCGUUGUGAAAAUAGAGGAAAACCCAGAUGUAGACAGUGACUUUGAUGCUAAGAGCAAUGAGGAUGAUGAAAUGGAAGAAAACAAUAAAGCGAAUUGCAGACGGGAGAAGGGCACAGAGAACUCCCAGAAUUACUCCAAGUAUCAUAGAACCCAAACCCACUCUCGGUCAUCUAGUGAAGAAACAGAACAUGGUACCAAGUGCCACACAAAAAAUACCAAGACAAGAGGACAUGAGAAGAGGGAAGAUGAGCACCAAGAGAGACAGUCCAGGGACCAGGAGAACUAUUACACUGACUGUGAUCACCGAAAAGAAAAGAAGGACUCCCAUACGCACAGAGAGACCAGUCACAGGGAUUCCUACUGGAAGAGGCAUGAACAAGAAGGUAAACUGAGGGGAAGAGACCAAAGAGAAAGAAAUGACCAAGAAUGGAAAAGGGAGAAAGACAGGGAGAAAUAUCCCCAACAAGAACAAGAAAGAGAGAGACCACGAAAUGAUGACGACCGACACAGCAAAAAAGGAGGAGAGAAGGAAGAGAGAAGCAAAGAAAAGGAAGAGCAUAUGAAAGCAAGGAAAGAAAGAUACAAAAACUGUGAUAAAUACAGAAAUAGUGAAAAACAAGAAAUAAGUGUUCAAUCUCCAGAAAGAAAUCGAGACAGAAAGGAAAGCAGCCCAAAAUCUAGAGUAAAGGAUAGGCUUCUUGAUCAGGAAGGAUCCAGUAAAAUGAGAAACAAGGAAAAGGACAAAGAAGGAAACCCAGAGAAACCAUCUAGUUCUGAAACAGCACUGGAAACAAAACACAGAAUCACGGAGGAUUGCCAGGAGACAGGCAAAGAACAAGAGAGACCACACGAGGCAGUGAACAAGUUUGCAAAGCGGAACAGCAAAGAAACUGUAAUGUCAGCUAGAGACAGGUACUUGGCCAGGCAAAUGGCACGGGUUAAUGCAAAGACAUACAUUGAGAAAGAAGAUGAUUGAUGACUGACCCAAUAGAAAGACCUCUGGAAGAACAGGAAAUUGUAACUCCUGAAGUAUGCUGUUUGAACACAGAAAGCAGUCUUGGUUGGGAGGGCAUUUUUUAGUAUUUUCAAAAUUCAAUUUUGAUUUAAGUCAGAAGUCAUUUAUCUUGAAUAUUUGACUGAAUUGGUAUAUAAUAUUUAUCAGUACCACAUUCUUGGUUGUCUUCAGGCAACCUAAGGAUUGUGUUAAAUCCCUGUAGGUACUUAAUGAGGAAAAUUGGCUCCACUACAACUAUUAAAAAAUAAACAACUCUCCUAAUGGUGGUUUUGUUAUAGGAGCUGUUAAUUUUAUAAAUAUGGUAUUUCAGAUGAAAAUCUGUGGAUAUAAACAAAGUAUAGAAUAUUAUGCUUUUUGUUCUGAAAUUUGAUUAAAGUAUAAAAUAUGGAUCACAUAUCUAAGUAACUUUAGCUCAUAGCAUCCUUGGCUUAAAUGAAAAUAAAAAGAGUGACAUAUUUGUACAUUUAAUUCAUGCUGUAUUUUAUUUUAAGGGAAGUAUCACUCAUUUCUGCCACAAUUCCUCUUUUAUUUUAUUUUUUAACUAAAAAUAAGUGAAACCCUAGCAAGUUAAUAAAUUGGUUUUGCAUAUCAACCAGUUUUAAGUAUGAAAUCAGCUGAAGAUCCAGGUGGCCUAUUUAUGAACAUGUUUUAUAUGCUCAAAAAAAAUACAGCUUACUGUAUCAAAAUAAAACUAGAAUUUCUGUAGUCUUGAAACCUGUUUGAAAUUAUAUACUGUAAAUUAUUUGUCGAGAAAAGAUGAAUGACAUGAUGAAAAUAGUUCUCUAACAGGUCUAUGAAGAAAGUCCUAUUCAUGUCAUUCAUACUUAACGUCAUCAUGAAGUAUUACCACAUUGUCUUCUACUGGUUCUUUAUAUUUUCUGGAUAGGAGUUGUUUGUUUCUACAGGUAACUUCUCCUGGUCUAUGGCUAGCCUUUUUGCUCUACUAAUGGAAUAUUUUAGUGAAAAGAAACCUUUAAUUUUGCUAAACUUCAACUUAAUACAAAUGUUAAAUAAAAUUUGAAAUUCAAUUUUUCAGCCAGACACAUAUUUGAAGUGCUCAAUAGCUACAUGUGUUUAUGGCCACCAUACAGGAAAGUACAAUAGAACAUUUCUAUCAUUGCAGCAAGUUCUGGACAAGACUUUUCUAGAAGUAUUCUUGUCUACUUUUAACACACAGAUUUGUGCACCUGAAAUGAAAUUUUUUCUAGUGUAAAAUUACAGGGAUUAAUGUUUAUUUUUAUCCAUAUGAACAUCAAACUCAACAGUGAAUGAAAAUUUGUUCAAGUUAAAAACUCAGUGAAUACCAUUAUACAUCCACCAGGAAUGGCAAAAAUUUUUAGAGCCUUAGAAUACUAUGUUGGUGAGGAUGUGGAGCAAUAGUAAGUCAUAAGAUACUGGUGGCAAGUGAAUUGGUACACCUUUUUUGAAAAAGGUUUGGCUUUACCUAGUAACAUUGAUGCUGCACUUUUUCUGUAACUCGUGUUCUUUGACAAAUGCACAUAAAAGUGUUUUUCAUGAAACUGGAAACAACCUAAAUGUCCGUCAGUAGUAAAUGAAUCUGGUGUGUAUAUAUACACAAUACAGUGAAAUGAACACACUAGAGCUACACACACCUGGGAGGAAUUACAGUGUUGUAAUAAAUAGUAAAGUUUAUAUUAAAAAGACAGUUGUAUUGUAUAGAGAGAAUAUGGUUAAGUAGUAAAAGAAAAGCAAGGAAAUGAUAAUUAUAAAAGUCAGUAUAGCAUUUAUGAUACAGGAGAGAUACAAGGCUUCUAGAUAAAAUACUGUUUCUGGACCUGGAUGGCAGUUACUUGGCUGUUUGCUGUAUUCUUCUUUGAAUUGUAUGUGUUAUAUAUCAUUCUGUAUAAUCUCAAAAAUAAAUUUCUAGCAAAAUUUUUAUAGAUGAA